AUGAAACUCAAUGCUCUGCCCGCCCUCGAGAGCCCAGUCAAGCUCGGCCGACCACAGAGCGUCAUCACAACCCCGCAGUCGCCCGGCAAGAACCGACCCAGUCCACUGGAUGAGGCUAGUCCCAACGUUGACGAUAGCAUCCUCCACCGAUCCGCCGUGUCCACUGGCAGCCCCUUGAAGAAGCAGCAUGGUCAAGAGAAUGCGCCUCCCUCGGGACGUCUCGGUGGCGGCUACGACUCUCCUGCCCAGGGCCAGACGCCUCUUUCAAGGCAUGAUCGCUUUCAGACCCGGGACAGACCUUCGACACCGGCCAAAAAGUUCAACACAUCACGGGCGCUCACGCCAGAGGAGCUUGAGAUUCUCCAGCGCCCCAACGUUCGGAGGUUGGUAAAUGUGACCCAGCUAUACUUCCUCGACUACUACUUCGAUCUCCUUACCUACGUCGGCUCCCGCCAAAGUCGACUCACCGCUUUCAAGUCGGAAUUUCCUCCUGAGCAAACGGAUGAGGCCACAUACGGCCAGAUGUGGCAGAAAUACGCAGGUCGUGAGAGGGCCAACCUUCGAAAGCGUCGUGUCCGUCUGCGCCAUGGCGAUUUCCAGAUCCUCACUCAGGUCGGACAGGGUGGUUACGGCCAGGUGUUCCUAGCGCAGAAGAAGGACACACGUGAAGUCUGCGCCCUGAAGGUCAUGAGCAAGAAGCUGCUGUUCAAGCUGGAUGAGGUUCGCCAUGUUCUGACCGAGCGCGACAUUCUGACAAAUGCGAAGAGCGAGUGGCUCGUUCGGCUCUUGUACUCCUUCCAGGAUGACAAGAGUAUCUAUCUUGCCAUGGAAUACGUCCCCGGUGGAGACUUCCGCACUCUGCUGAACAACACUGGCGUGUUGAGCAACCGACACGCGCGCUUCUACAUUGCAGAGAUGUUCUGCUCCGUUGAUGCCCUCCACCAACUGGGCUACAUUCACCGUGAUCUGAAACCCGAGAACUUUCUCGUCGAUUCCACGGGCCACGUCAAGCUGACUGACUUUGGCCUUGCUGCAGGCAUGCUGGCUCCGGCCAAAAUUGAGUCGAUGCGCAUCCGUCUCGAGAAGGCGUCUGAGACGUCCGUACCGUUUGGCAAGCCGAUGGAGCAACGAACGGUGGCCGAGAGACGGGAGGGCUACCAAAUGAUGAGAGAGAAUGACGUCAACUACGCCAAAUCUAUCGUCGGUUCGCCCGAUUACAUGGCACCAGAGGUUCUCCGUGGUGAAGAAUACGACUUUACGGUUGACUACUGGAGCUUGGGCUGCAUGCUCUUCGAGGCUCUGACUGGCUUCCCACCCUUUGCUGGUUCCAGUGCCGACGAGACGUGGAGGAAUUUGAAACACUGGAAGGAGGUUCUGAAGCGGCCUGUUUGGGAGGACCCCAACUAUUUCCUCAGCAACAGGACUUGGAACUUCAUCACCACGUGUAUCAACUCGAGGUCAAGGCGAUUCUCCACCAUCCAGGAAAUCUACGCGCACCAGUACUUCGCCGAGGUCGACUGGGAGGUGCUCCGCCAGACCAAAGCGCCUUUCGUCCCCGAGCUGGACUCGGAGACGGAUGCAGGCUACUUUGAUGACUUCACCAACGAGGCAGACAUGGCUAAGUACAAGGAGGUGCACGACAAGCAGACAGCCCUGGAGAACAUGGCUGAGCGUGGCGAAGAGAUGGGCAAGGGUCUCUUUGUCGGCUUCACGUUCCGCCACCGCAAGCCGCAGACAGAAGAGAGCAGCCCGCGCAAGCCCAACCCUUUCCGCGAAGACAACACAUUCGGGACGAUGCUGUAG